AUUUUGUUCUUCUAUCUGACAUAAAAUUUCAUUAAGAUGGCAAACAAAGAGAAAGGUGUUGUUUCUUCGACAUCUGUUACAUCUGUAAAAAGAAAAUUCAACAAUUCGGAGGAGGAAUGUGUUACACACACAAAUGAAACACGGAGAGGAAGUCCAUCUAUUAUGAACUUGAAUAUUCCAUCGACAUCUAAAGACUGGAGUGAGGAACUCUUACCACACUUACAUAUAGAAGUAGAAACGGAGGUUUUCACGCCGUAUGUUGUAUUUUCAUCAUAUCCAGAUUUCCUGGAAAAUCAGAAGAACAAAAGAAGUGAAAUUAUAGCCAUGAUGAACGACCCAGCUUCUGAGCGAAAAGUACCGUUUGAUUGCUUUAAUCAUAUAAUGGAACAAAUCCUAAAUCUUGAUUAUGAACAUAUUGACCAUGUCCCGGUCUGUAGAGUAGAGAAACUGUAUGAAAACUCAAAGAUAUGGAGGGAUUGGGAGAAGGAGUUGAGUGGUUUUAAAACCAUUAAGGGCUUAAAAGAAAAAUGUUUGAGACUACAGCAAAAUGUGACCGAUUUUCUAUGGCAGCUCCUUUACAUGGUAAACAGAAGACAGCAUCCAGAGCGAGAAGAAUUGUCAGAGGGAAUGUUCCAAGAGCUUUUUAUGAGAUUUGCCAGGAUGUUUGAAUUGGGUCUAGUAGGUGCACCAAAUGUUGGAUGUUACAACUGUGUAGUCGGUGGUAAAGAGAUUUCCUCAGUACCUGAUGCUUUGGUCAUUGAUCCUUGCAAAAAGAAUACAGUUCUGGCAGUUGUUAAGGUUACAAAGACAUAUAACAAAGAAAUUGAUUUAAGAGGAGAGAUGUGGAAGUUCAUCAAAGUUCAAAACCCCAUUGAGCAUGUGGACAAUAAUUUGAAAUGCCAACACAUUGGAGAUAUACUCUCAGUUCUACAGUGCUCUUUGUUUGGACCAAAUGGAAUGUAUGGUUUUGUAGUUCAAGCAACAGAGGUAACUGUUGUAGCUUUUGCAACAGAUAAAAAUUAUACCACAUAUAUCAAAACAGGACAUAUAGCAGAACAAGACUGUGCCACGGUAAAAUACAGCGAGAAGUGCAAUAUUUUGUCAAAGAAAGGACGACUUAAACUUGCCAGGACUUUUCUAGAUAUGGCAGCUCUGAUGAAAUACUUGUAAAUUAUUGUUUGUGGU